GGAUGAUGGUGAGGAGGAGGAGGAGGAGGACGAUGAAGAGGAGGAGGAGCACUGUGAGCAGCCAGGUCCAUCCAGCCAGAGCACCCACAUCCAGAGUGAGUCUCACGAAAGAAGCCGUGGCCUCCUGCUCGUCAUCUGCGGGAACAAAAAGGGCCUGCUGGAUGUGGACAAGCUGGCCAGUGGUGAGUUGUGCAUCGAGUGUGAAGGCUGUUGGAUAUCCCCCCCUGCCUUUGAGAUCUUAGGGGGGAAAGGUUGCAGCAGGAAAUGGAAAAGUAGUAUCUCUCUUAAAAAUAAACCUCUGCAGUUUUGGUUUGAGCAGGGCUACCUGAUGACUCCUGGGUUUAAAAAAGGAAGCACUGCAAGCAAAAAGCAGAGGAAAAUCACAUCAUCAAGCAGCGAAUCAGGGAGAUCAGAAAGCCCCUCUGAAGAGCCAGGCUCAGAGGAGGAGGUGCUGGAGGAAGAUGAUACAGAGGAAGACUGGCAUCCAGACCUUGACGAGGCAUCAGAGGAACUGACCCUGGAAACACAGGAGGAAGAGGAGGGAAGGCCGUGGCAUGAAAAUGGAGGGGGUGAUAAAGACUUGAGAGGAGAGGGGAGCCUUUGGUACAUCAUCCCAGGAUAUGAGAACCAUGUGGAGAAAGGUUGGGCCAAGCAGAGGAGCUGCUUACACAUACUUGUCGAGAGGUUGUCAGAGGUCAGAUGUGAACCUCUGCCAUCCAGCUGUGUGCAACAAGAGCAUCAAGUUGGAGAGGAUAGGCGUAUACCAUGGGAUGAGGAUGGAGACAGCGGAAUGGAGGCCAUCCAGUCUUGUGAAGAUGAGAUAAUAGAUCCACUCAUCUCUGUCUCCAGUGGAGAUAUUAAAGAGGAAGUCUCACCUCCAGAUGUCACACCCAGCGUAGCUGGGGAUGCCGGGUCAAGCCGUAAUCACAUUUCCAGCGUCAGCCCCUUCCCUGUCCUGUCAGUCAGUGCAGAGCACACAACGCUGUUACCUGUCAGCAUGAUCUUAGAAUAUGAUGGCAUCGUACUCAAACAGGAGGAGAAGGAAGAUAAAGACUCACAAACUGAGCAGAGGAGAGAGCAGGAGCAGAUAUCUGAACCUGUUGCUGCUGAGUAUCUGCUAGACUUGCAGCAGCAGCAGCCCGCUCAGGCAGAGGCUACUACAGACACUCUGUCCACGUCACAAAAUCACUGCCCUCCUUCCUCAGGCCCAGGCUCAGCUGUGUGUGUGUCCCACUGCCCUGCUCGAGUCCCGCACAACCACAAAAAGAAGGCCCUAGGUUGGCGCAGGAGGAGGAGCCUGAGACUCCCUGCAGCACAGGGCUGCUGUGGCAGAGACAAGGCCCAAGACAGGAGGCGUGAGAGGAGGGAGUUGGUCAUGAUCGACUCCCUACAGCAGAUCUGUGAGGCGCAGCACAAGAUCAUCAACGUUUUGGAUCAGCUCUGCUCCAAACAGGCCACACUGAUCAAGCUGGUGCAGAGACUGAGCGCUAACAUGAAAUCAAGACGCUAGUGCACCAGCACUAGCUCGGACCGCUCAGAAUCUACUACGGGUUAUGAUUAUUUGAAAGAAUUUUAUGGAAAAGUCAGCACCGACCAAGACUGUAAAAAACACGGUUUAGAAUGGUCUCCUUUGUAUUUGUAUGCCUGGUAUAUUUUUCCAGUCCUGCUUUAUUUAGGUUCCUUUUUAGUAUGACUGAAAUGGAAUUUGAUGUAAAUUAUUUUCAGGUUUGGAAAAGUAUUGAAAUGGAAAAAAACAUUUGCACCUUAAGGACUACAGUCCUGUUUUUAUUUUCAUAAUAAAGACCAUUCAAG